AUGUCGCAAAAGUACACGGUCGGCGAUGGCUCGCCAUUCUUGAAGAGGAUCGUCAUCCCCUUCUACAUCAUCCGCAUCGCGGUGAUGCUUCUGCAAAUCGUCCUCUACGGCAUCACCAUCGGAUACGCGUCCUCCAACAGGAGCGAACUUAAUGACAUCGGCGGCACAACCAAGACAGCGAGCUGGGUCAUUGCCAUCCUGGUCGUGGUGAUGAUCAUCAUCAUUGGCUGUUUGCUACUCGACCUCGUCUGCAUCAUCAAGCGAUCGCGCAGGACACUCACACCUCGGUUUUUCCUCAUUUGCAACUGCAUUCAAACGGCCGUCUGGACCAUUCUUUUCGCGCUUACGGUCGCCGGCUCGGAGGGAAGAGCCAUUACUGUCAUCAUCAACAUCAUUAUCUACGCCUCGUUUAUCGGGCUUCUUGUUUACGCCUCCGUCAUCUACCACAAGCACCGCAAGGGAACCCUUGGCGGCGCUUACGCGCCCGCGAACCAGAACCAGCCGACCGCUUACAACGGUUACGCCAAUGAGCAACAGCCGAAGCCGUAUAGCUCCCAGCCGUACGAGAUGGAUAACCGCUACGCAUAA